AUGUCACAACUUCAAGACUACCGUCUCCUGACAUUUGAUGUCUACGGCACCCUGGUGGACUGGGAAGGAGGCAUUUUGGCUGCUCUCCAGACGUCCCUUGGUAGAAACAGCGCUCAGUUGUCCCGUGAGCAUAUUCUCCACGUCUUCCAUGAGCUGGAGCGGGAUCAGCAAGCCAAAACACCGGAGAUGCAGUACUCCGAUCUUCUGGCUACCAUCCACCCUACGCUGCUGCAACAACUAGGCCUCCCCACUCCCACCGCGGAAGAAAGUAAGGCCUUCGGCGAAUCAGUAGGGCAUUGGCCAGCGUUUCCUGACACCGUCGACGCACUGAAGCAAUUAUCGAAGCAUUACAAGCUUGUGGUCCUGUCCAACGUCGACCGUGAGUCGUUUGCCAAGACCAAUGCCGGCAGCCUGCAAGGCUUUCCCUUCGAUCUGAUCAUUACGGCACAAGACAUUGGAUCAUAUAAGCCCGAUAUCAACAACUUCAAAUACAUGCUAAGCGCGGUCAAGGAGAAGUUCGGGGUUGAGCCCGGUCAGGUGCUCCAGACCGCGCAGAGCCAGUUUCAUGACCAUCACCCGGCGCGGAAGGUGGGUAUCAAAUCUGUGUGGAUUGUGCGUCCAGGAGCCAUUAUGGGCAAUCUUGAUGACACUGUCUAUGAUUGGAGGCUGCACCAAUGGCUCUGGCGACUUCGGAAUCUCAGCACACCCUUGCGGCUGCGAGGCAGCCUGGUCCGACUACGCCGAUUCCAUGAAAGCCCUCUUUUCGCUCUGAUACGCCUAUUGAUUCCAUUUCCAAGCUGGAAAUUUCCCGUUCCGGAUCCGGUCGCACCCAUCGAUAUUCUCGGUAAUGUGGAGUUGGAAGAAAAUAAGCUAGAAUACUUAGACGACCUACGGAGUAUCCCACUAUGGCGUACGCGAGACACCCCCAUGCGAUCCCUCUACCGAAUGUAUGAAGCGAUGAUAUCCGGCAUGUAUGAGGCGCUCGGUCCCGAAACGGAAUACUUCUGGUACCAGCGGCACUGGUCGUUAAAGGGCAUUCGCGACCCACAGGAUGCCGAUCCCGUGCGGUAUGCCAUUCUAGCGUGUUUGGUGGAAGAACUGGUAGUUGCAUUUAACUGGCGUUUGAGCUUAGGUCUGCGCCGGGACCGCAACCAUAUCAUGCGAGAAACGGGGAAGGAUUCUUUGCCUCCGUAUGCUCCCCUCUCGGGGCCGACCUGGACAAGCUCGGUGCCAGCAAUUUCCCCUGAAAACCUCAACCGCUUUCCACCAGAAUAUGUUUCCGAUGACAGCAAGCUCGUACUAGAAUCGGAUGGAUUAAACAAGGUCUUUGCUCGUCGAAACAUUGUCACGAAUGUUGGCUGGCUUUACACCAUCUGA